AUGAAGGAUAUUGGCGAAGUUUCAUCAGUUCUUGGCAUACGUGUAACAAAAGAUGAACUGAAAGGCAUGAUAGCAAUCGAUCAAUCGCAAUACAUUGAGGGUAUGCUGGAACGUUUUAGUAUGGCUGACUGCAACCCAGUGGCGACACCAAUAGACUUAAAUCAAAAUUUAAGCUCAAAUAUGUGUCCAACUAACGAAAUCGAAAAACAUGGAAUGGCGAAAGUCCCAUAUAUGCAAGCGAUUGGGUGCUUAUUGUUUGCUUCACAAAUUACGCGCUCUCACAUAUGUUUCGCCGUGAAUCUAUUAAGCCGUUUUUCUACCAACCCUGGCAAAGCGCACUGGACUGCAAUCAAGCGUGUAAUGCGUUACUUAAAGGUUACAAUGCUUUAUGGUCUUGUUUUCAACAAAGAAGCGAGUGACAUAACGGGCUUUUGCGACGCAGACUGGGGUAGCGACUUAGACGAAAAGCGUUCGACGACAGGCUACAUAUUUCAAUUCCAAGGAAGUCCUAUUUCUUGGUGUACCCGCCGGCAACGAACAGUUGCGCUCUCAUCGAUUGAAGCCGAAUUCAUGUCUUUGACUGCAGCAAUUCAAGAAGCGACAGUGGCUACCGCGACUACAACACUAGCUGACACCAAGUGCAACUAA